CGUUACACUAAUUUCACCGCUUUAUAUUAAUGGUGUAACGAAUAAUUUUUAAAAAAAAGUACUGAAACUUCCUUAGUUCUGUUUGAUUUGGCAUUUAGAUUUUGGAAUCGAUCGAUGUGUGCAAAUAAUGAAACGAAAACGACAUCGUGAACAUGAAAAUCGCUCAACUUCAGAAAGUUCACAAAAUCCAAAUAAACGAAUAAGACCUCCUUCACAACAGCAAAAUUUAUCGCCAAUAACGAAUAAUAAUAAUAAUAACAAUGGAACAACGGAAUUUUUGAAAUUAGCAUUAGAACGCGUUUGCGCAUUACAAGCGGAAUUGGCACGCGACACAAAUAAUGACAAUGAUGAUGAUGAUGAGAAUGAUAAUGAACAGGUGGAUCCUGAGACAGCUGGUUUUGCCGCAUGCGCAAUUGAAACAUUCCGGUUUUUAGCUACAGAAGGUUUAACAGCUGAUAAUCAAUUAAUGCAACGAUUAUCGGAGCAUCUGUUAGGGACAACGAUUAAUAAUUUAGAUUUAAGUAAAAUUUAAAAUCAUGUUUGUGCCUUCAAUUUUUUUUUUAAAUUUUUGUUACCAAAAUGAAAACGAAUCUAGUCCGUACUGUAAUUUUCUAGUCAAGAUGAUUUUCUUUUUUUGUACUUUGUAUUUAAGUAGUUUUUUUUAAUUUAUUUAGGAAUGUCGAAAAAUUGGGAUCCAUAAUUGUAGGAAUUGUUAGAAAUUCUAUUAUGGGAUGUCCUGAAAGAAACUGUCGCAUUCGAAGAGUUUUUGAAAAU